AUGGUUCGUUACGUGCCUCGCCUGGCUGAUGGCCAACGGAUAAAGCUUUCCUGGCCUCUUGCGCUGUAUCGUCACGAUAUCUUCUUCUGGCCAUUGGACCCGAGUACCUCACCCAAUGGGCGUCGCUUUUAUUAUUCGCUGGCUUUCGUCGGAUUCCUAAUCUAUUUGCAUCUCACUGAUGCGGAACUUCGCUAUUUACGCUUUCAGAGAAGCAAUGUAGAUGCCUUUCUGACUGGGGUGCCCACCUGCCUGAUUCUUGUGGAGUCCCAAAUUCGCUCUGGGCAUGUCCUGUGGUACAGAGCAGAAUUGCUUCAGUUACUGCAAACAUACUUCGCUUGCAUCUAUGUGGAUCGUAAUACGGAACCGAAAGUCUUUCGAAAAGUUGAGCGCAAGCUACUGCCAAAUCGACUGGUCUCCUCGCUCUACUUAAUGGUCGUCUCUGGCUAUGUGAUCGCGCCCAUUAUUAUGUUGAUCAAGAGAGCCCAAGAUUAUAUUUUCCCCAUGAUCCCCGCAUACGAUAGCCGACCAAUGUACAUAUUUGUGCCACUGACGCUAAGCUGUGUCUGGGUGGGACUUUCUAUUGUUAAUAUGGUUAUUGGGGAGACUGCCCUGCUCUGUGAACUGCUUUCUCAUCUCAAGGGUCGCUAUAUGCUGUUGCAGCGCGAUAUGGACUCCGCAAUAGAUCAAAUACUGGCAGCUCGACAGAGUCCGCAUAUUGCACGCCAAUUGCGUCAGGUGAUUGUCGAGACUCUUCGCAAGAACGUGGCACUUAAUCGAUUUGGAGAACAGCUGGAGAAUCACUUCACUUUUCGCAUAUUCAUCAUGUUCGCCUGCUGCGCCGGCUUGUUGUGCGCCUUGAGCUUCAAGACAAUUGUGAGUCCAACGGGCACCUAUAUAUAUCCGAUUUGGUUUGCCGCCAAAACUAUAGAACUACUUUCGUUGGGUGAGAUUGGCUCCGAUCUGGCACGUAUGACAGACUCUCUAAGUACGGUGUACUAUCUAACGAGAUGGGAGCAGGCAAUCUAUUACUCCUCCAAUCGUCGUGAGAAUCUGCGGCUGAUGAAGGUCGUCGCAGUUGCAAUUGAGCUCAACCAUAAACCUUACUAUAUGACGGGCUUGAAGUACUUUUCAGUCAGUCUCCAAGCAGUUGUAAAGAUACUACAGGGUGCUUUCUCCUACUUCACGUUUCUUACCUCGAUACGCUGAGUGAGCGACU